UCACCAAGGCUGCAGUCUAGUUAUAGGGAACUACACACUUGAGUGUUGUGGGUUUGAGAAAAUGAACCAGGAACAGCGCGUCUCCUCCUCUUCAACAUUUCCUGUCAGUGAGUCCUGAUCCUCCGCUCAGAGGCAGAUCAGUCGCUGUGACAGCCGCUUUCAGAGCCUCGGGCGGCGGACAGUGGCGCGGUCGGUAUCGGUGAUGGAGCGGCUCGGUCCGCCGGGCUUCGGCUCCGGUUCGGUUCUUCUCGUGUUUCUCACGUCUGCUCUUCUCUGCACUGCUGAUCUCCGCAUCUGUAGCUCCUGUAAGCCUCAUCUAGUCAACUGUGUGUCAAAUCAGUGCUUCUCCAACUGCAGUGAGUCUACAGUGUGUGUGAAUGAGCGGGACGUCUGCGCCGCCGUCUGGUGGAGAGAUGCAGGACCGGUGAUGAUGGAGACUUUAUGUCAUGACCCGUUGAAGCUUCUGCACGAUGUGAUGUUGCGGGAUUAUUUCAGCUCGGAGUGUGUGUUGCAGGAACAACACGUACACAAAAGACACAUGCGUGUGUGUGGCUGUACAAAAGACCAGUGCAACCAAAACCCACUGCUGCACAAACUCACUGAGCAGGAGAAAUUGUCGAAGACAAACUCCAGCAGAGGCUUCAAACUCAACCAGAACUGUAAGUUUUGUGAUGUUGAGUCUUCGGUGUGUAACGCCAGUGGUGUGUGUGAGUCCGCCUGCAUCAUAAACGCCAUCUGUGAGACGCCGGACGAGGUCUGCGCUAGCGCCUGGAGGAGUAACGGAGGAAACUCCAGCAUAGAGACGGUGUGUCACAAUCCAGCGCUGUUGUUUCACGGCCACAAUCUGACGGAUUCUCAGAGCAGCGUCUGUCAGAUGAAGAAGGUGGAGGAGGACUUGUACAUCUGCUCCUGUAAUGAUGAGGAGUGCAAUGAUCGCCUCGUUUUUAACCACGAUUUGGAACAAUCUCCAGAAGUGGUUCUGUUCAAUCACCCCUCUGAGUCAUCAUGGUUCAGUCUGGCUUCAGUGCUGAUCUCCGUCUUUGUCCUCAUCACAAUCGUCCUGCUCUCAGUCUUCUACUGUUAUUACAUGAGUCAGCACAAACUGAAGCUCCCCAAUAAGAAGAGUCUGGACAGCGAGAGGUGCAACAUUUUCAUGAAUCCAGAAGAGCACUCGGACAGCAGCUCCGCCAACGCCAACAGCCUGAACCACAACACUGAGCUGCUGCCCAUCCAGCUGGACAGAGUCGUGGGAAAAGGAAGAUUCGCAGAUGUUUAUAAAGCGAAACUGAAGCAGAGCGCAGACUCCUUCCAGACGGUGGCGGUGAAGAUCUUCCCGUAUGAGGAGUUUUCCUCGUGGAAGAGUGAAUGGCAGAUUUUCUCUGACGUCGAGCUUCGGCAUGAAAACGUCCUGCAGUUUCUGACGGCAGAAGAGCGAAUGGCGGAGCGACAGUAUUGGCUGAUCACGGCUUAUCACGAGCGAGGAAACCUGCAGGAGCUGCUGGUGCUGCAGGUGAUUGGCUGGGACGAGCUGUGCCGAUUGAGCGUGUCUCUGGCAAGGGGCGUGGCUCACCUGCACUCGGAUAGGACGCCGUGCGGGAGAGCCAAAGUGUCGAUUGCGCACCGAGACCUGAAGAGCUCAAAUGUUCUGGUGAAAAGCGACUGGAGCUGCUGCGUCUGCGAUUUCGGCCUCAGCUUGAGACUCGACAGCUGCCUGAGUCCUGAAGAACUGGCCAAUAGCGGACAGGUGGGAACGGCGCGUUACAUGGCACCAGAAGUGCUGGAGUCGCGGAUGGAUCUGGAAAACACAGAGUCCUUUAAGCAGGCUGAUGUUUACUCCAUGGCCCUGGUGCUGUGGGAGAUCAUGUCCAGAUGCAGUGCUACUGGAGAUGUGCGUGAUUAUGAGCCUCCGUUCGGGAAGCUGAAGGAUCACCCGUGUGUGGAGAGCAUGAAGGAUGAUGUCAUCAGAGAUCGAUUGAGACCUGAGAUCCCGACCAGCUGGAGCAAACAUGCGGGUGUUCAUCAUCUGAGCUCCACCAUUGAGGAGUGCUGGGAUCACGACCCCGAGGCGCGUCUGACGGCGCAGUGUGUGGUGGAGCGCUUCGAUGACAUCAUCAGCAGUGACGUCAUCCUCCCCAUCAGCCCCGACACCAAGAGCGCAGGGGAUUCUGGGAUACAAGAAAUGUAGAGCCUAAAAAAAAAGACAACAUUUGCACUUUACAGCAGAACCAUGCCAAAAACACACACGGUUUGUAGAGCUUCAAUAAUCAGUGUCCAUUUCUGAGAUCAAUGUGUGGUGUUUGAUGCCAACGUUGUCCUCACUUCAGGGAAAACCAGCCGACAAUACAAAGGAGACUUUUAUCUGCUUUUAAGACUUUUAUUUGCUCAAGAAACAUUUUUAAAGGCAGUGUUCCUGGAGCAAAGAAUUCUGGGAAAUAUUUGCAGUGUUGGGGAAAGUUACUUCAGAAAGUAAUACAUUACAAUAUUGAGUUACUAUAUGGUAUAUUGAGUUACUAUUGAGUUACUAUAUAUAGUAAUUACUUUAUGGUAAGUGAUGCGUUACGUUACUUUUGAGUUAUUUUUUAAAACAAUAAGGUUGGCAACAUGGUGGCUCAGUGGUUGCUGGUUCAAGUCCCGGCUGGGUCAGUAGGCAUUUCUGUGUGGAGUUUGCAUGUUCUCCCCAUGUUGGGUUUCCUCCGGGUGCUCUGGUUUCCCCCACAGUCCAAACACAUGCGCUAUAGGGGAAUUGAUUAACUAAAUUGGCCGUAGUGUAUGAGUGUGAAUGAGAGUAUGGGCGUUUCCCAGUACUGGGUUGCAGCUGGAAGUGCAUAAAACAUAUGCUGGAUAAGUUGGCGGUUCAUUCCACUGUGGCGACCCCUGAUUAGUAAAGGACUAAGCCUAUUUUUUAAAAAGCUAAUUAAUUAAAAUAAAAAGUAACUCGCAUUACAUUUUUAAAAUGUAACUCAAAUAUCAUUAGUUAAGUGAUGCAUUUACUCGUUACUUCGCUAAAGCAAUAUUAUUAAAUAACUUACCCCAACACUGAAUGCCAAAAACGUACAGUAUUAUGAAGCCACAAAAACAUGAGCAGUGAUCCUGAAUGACAUAUCGGCUGAUUUAAGUGUUUAUUAUGGGAGUCAUUUUCCUCCAGAUGUAUUGAGGUCAAAAUAAUA